UGACAGAUGACGGCACCAACAAUCACGUGAAACUUCAAUAACGAUCAGCUGGGCCAACUGUGAACUGGGGAGUGGUUGAAAGGGGUGUUUUUCUAGAUUUGCUCUAUUUUCGAAGCACUCAUACAUCUCAUUUAGAGAGAAGUAAAAGAAGUAGUUCAACAUCACACCAUUCAGAAGAAAUGAGUGAAUAUUGGUUGAUAUCUGCUCCUGGUGACAAAACCUGUCAGCAGACAUGGGAUACCAUGAACAACAUGACUAGUAAACAAAAUAAUUUAUCCACUAAUUAUAAAUUUCAAAUACCGGAUUUAAAAGUUGGUACUCUUGAUCAAUUAGUAGGUCUUUCCGAUGAUUUGGGUAAACUCGAUGGGUUUGUCGAACAAGUUACUAGAAAAGUGGCUCAUUAUCUCGGAGAGGUAUUAGAGGAUCAAAAGGACAAGCUGCAGGAAAACCUGAUGGCUAAUAACGGUGGGCGACCGCCCGACAAAGAUGGCGGUGGAGGUGGUUUUCCGGUGAACGACAGGGAUUCGGAAAGUUCUUCGGGCGUUUACGUGACGCCACUGCAAUCGCCCGCCGACACGGAGAGUUCCACAACAACCACACCCGAUCAGUCCCCACAAGUCGAUACGUGCCAACCAAUCUUGGGGCCAGCGGAUUUACCGAGUUAUUUGACCAGAUUUCAAUGGGAUAUCGCUAAAUAUCCCAUAAAACAAUCGCUGCGCAACAUCGCCGAUAUUAUAAGUAAGCAAGUCGGUCAAAUCGACGCCGAUCUCAAAACCAAAUCGGCCGCUUAUAAUAAUUUGAAGGGAAAUCUCCAAAAUUUGGAGAAAAAACAAACGGGAAGUUUAUUGACGCGCAACUUGGCGGAUUUGGUAAAAAAAGAGCAUUUCAUUCUAGAUUCCGAAUAUUUGCAAACGCUACUGGUUAUUGUUCCGAGGGCUCAAACGGCCGAAUGGAACGCGACGUACGAAAAAAUCACCGAUAUGAUAGUACCGCGUUCGUCUCAAUUAAUAACCCAAGAUAACGAAUACGGUUUAUAUACGGUGUCUCUUUUUAAAAAAGUCGUCGAAGAAUUCAAAUUGCACGCCAGAGAAAAGAAAUUCAUCGUAAGAGAUUUUACUUAUAACGAGGAGGAAUUGGCAGCUGGGAAAAACGAAAUAACCAAAUUGGUUACCGAUAAGAAAAAGCAGUUCGGUCCUUUGGUUAGAUGGUUGAAAGUUAAUUUUAGCGAAUGUUUCUGUGCCUGGAUUCACGUCAAAGCCUUAAGAGUAUUCGUCGAAUCUGUCUUAAGAUAUGGUUUACCAGUCAAUUUCCAAGCUAUAUUGAUACACCCCAAUAAGAAGAUGACGAAACGUUUAAGAGACGUUUUGAAUCAACUUUACGGUCAUUUAGAUAGUAGCGCUGCUCUUUCGGGACCCAACGUCGACAGCGUGGACAUUCCCGGCCUCGGAUUCGGCCAAUCCGAAUAUUACCCUUACGUUUAUUACAAAAUCAACGUCGAUAUGAUAGAAUCGAAGAUCUAAAUUAGAAAAAAUAAAAAAUUGAAUCCUUUUACUUAUAUUAUAGGUUUCAAAAUACAUAAUAAUAAUAAUAAAUAUUCAAAACUGAAAAUAUUUUUCGCAUCUAUAUAUAUAUUUCAGAGGGGCCCUUUUGAAAUAAUGCGCGUAUUUCGUCAUCCAAAUAGAAAAUUAAUAUUUUUACAUGCAAUAUUCCACUAUUUUUUAUAUGUUUUAAAAGGCAUUUACUCAUUUUUUUUUGUUUGUGUCAUAUUAUCUCGUAUAAUACCCGAACGAACCAAAAAUUUCCCUUACCGUUGCGGUACGGUUAAGUGUGACGCGGCCCUAAUAAUCCUAUCGGAUUUUCCCUUUUUCCGGUAUUAUUGCGGUGCCGUUUAUUGUGACCCGGCCUUAAUACUACUUAAUCUCCCAUGAAAUUUUCCUCCACUCUUUUAAUGCUUCGUUAUAGUUUUUUUUUUGUUAUUAUUUAAUGAUCUAAAGUCUUCUCAAACUCAUUAUCGGUACGUGACGCUAAAUUAAACCCGACACACGCGUAACGGUACCGCAAAUCGUCCGUGUAUGAUUGAUCGCAUCUUAUUUUAACAUAUUGCGGUGUCGUUUAUUAUGACCCGGCCUUAAUACUACUUAGUUUCUCAUGAAAUUUUCCUCCACUAUUUUAAUGCUUUGUUGUUUUUCUAUGGUCAUUGUUUUAUGAACUAAAAUCUUCUUGAACUCAUUAUCGGUACGUAAUGCUCAAUUAAGCCCGACACAAGCGUAACGGCACCGUAAAUCGACCAUAUAUGAUUGAUCGCAUCUUAUUUUGACAUUCCGGUGUCGUUUAUUGUGACCCGGUCUUAAUACUACUCAAUUUCUCACGGAUCUUUCCUAUUUUAGAUAUAAUUCGUGCUUUAUAAGUGUCAUUCCUACUGAUCUUUUACUUCUCUUAACGUAGCAUAAAACAAUCUCGUAUAUACAGAGUGUUCAAUUACAAAUUUUAUUUUAUAUAAAUCCAUUAUUUGAUUCGUAACAUUCGAUAGGAAAAACCAACGUAUUUUUUUGUGUUUUUGGUCAUUAUAUCGGAAUGUAAAACGGUCUAUAUUAAGGUCGAUACACACUUAAAUUGAUAUUUUCACUCCCAUUUCAAGAUUGUCUAAUUUUUUUUGGCACAUUAAGUCAUCGGUGCGUUUAGUUACGGUAACGGUUAUUGUCCACCUUAAUAUUAUUCAAUACCUUCGAUUUUAUAGAGUGUUUUAUUACCGUCUUGUGGAUGGAUAUUUUUUGUGUUAUAUUUGGGGAUUUUUCGUUAAACUGGCUUUUAGCUUGUGCGGGACUUUACCGUCUAGUGUGACUCUACCUUAAUCCUAUUGUUUCUAAAUUCGAUAUUUUUGGUGGUUUUUGAGUUUUUUUGUUAAUUAUUAAUAUUUUAUUGGAUUGAUGGAAUGUUUGGGUAUUAUACGGGGGUUAUUAAAUAUAUUUAGACGUAGUGAGAUGCUUAAAAGUUGACAAUACAUUUCAUUGUUUGUUUUCUCCUGGGGUAGCAAUUUUUUUCUUCGUAAAACAGUAUUCAUUGUACAUAAAUAUUGUAUAUAUAUAUAUGAUAAUAAUAAUACGAAAAUAAUAAAAUAUUUUGCCUUUUGAAUCUAUUUAUAUAAUGAUGAUGAUGAUUCCAUAAUUGUAUAGUUUCGAUUAUUAGUAGGACUAAUAAUUUUUUUUUGAAAAUAUUAAAAAAAAAUUUACGAAAAUUUUUUAAAAAUAAUUAUUUUUCGAAAAUAAUUUUUUUGCGAAAAUUUUUCAAAAAUAAUUUUUUUCGAAAAUUUUCAAAAAUAAUUUUAAGCGGUUAUUUGUUCUAUGUAAUUGUUAGAAAAUGAAAAAUAAAUAUUUGAAUUGUU